UGCGAAAGGGCAACUCGUCCUGCGGCAGCGCGCGGCUCGCGGCUCGCGUAUCGCGGGAGAAAUCCUGCCCUGGGGCCGCACGAACAUUCCCGAUAGUCUUCGGCUCUUUCCGGCCUCUCGGGACGCUUCGGGCGGCCUCGGCCGCUCGCUCCCCUUCGGCGGUAUCAGUGCUCGUCUGGCAGCCGUUGUCCCGGCAACGCGCGGUGGCGCUGCGGCCCAGCCAAGGUCUCAUCAUGCUGCUCUACUUUGACCACCGCGUGGAAGCCCCGGACGCAGCGGGGACCCCCUCCCAUAUCUGCUGGCACCCCGUUCAUCCGUUCCUGGCUGUGGCUUCUGUCAACCCAGCCUUAGGAGGAACUGUGGACAUAUACCUGGAGCAGGGUGAGUGUGUGCCCAACACGCACGUGGAGCGGGCGUCCCGAGUCACCACCCUGAGCUGGCACCCGACGCGGCCGGUCCUGGCUGUCGGCUGGGAGACCGGGGAGGUGGUGAUCUUCAACAAGCAGGACAAGGAGCAGCACGCAGUCCCCCCGACGCACACCGCCGACCUCACCGUCCUCACCUGGAGCCCUGGCGGGAACUACCUGGCCUCGGGGGACAGGCUUGGAGUCCUGAUCUUGUGGCGGCUGGACCAAAGGGGUCGGGUCCAAGGAGCGCCCCUGCUGAAGCACGACUACGGCCAACCCCUCACGCACUGCAUCUUCCGGCGCCCCCCGCCUGGCGAGGACCUCGUUCAGUUGGCGAAGGCGGCCGUGAGUGGUGACGAGAAAGCCCUGGACAUGUUCAACUGGAGCAAGAGCGGCCUUGGAAGCGUCCUAAAAAUGGGGUCUCAGGAAGGCCUGUCCUUCUUUGUCAGCUUGACAGAUGGGACCGUGCACCACGUGGACGAGGAAGGCAAGACAGCCUGUGCGGCGGCCACGGACAGCUGCAUCCAGGCGCUCUUCUACGUGGACAAGAGGCAGGCACUGGUGGCCGUCACCGAGAGCCUGCUGCUCUGCCUGUUCACGGUGACUCCCGAGGGCGAGGCCACCAAGGUGCUGAAGGUGAAGCUGAGCGGGAAGACGGGUCGCCGGGCAGACGUGGCUCUGAUCGAAGGCAGCCUUCUUGUGAGCGCCACGGGGGAGGCGGUGCUCAGGUUCUGGGACUUAGACCGAGGAGAGAAUUACCUGCUGAGUCCAGAGGAGAAGUUUGGUUUUGAAAAAGGCGAGAACAUAAACUGUGUUUCUUACUGUGAAGUCAAAGGUCUUCUGGCGGCGGGAACCGACAGAGGGCGGGUAGCCACGUGGAGGAAGGUGCCAGGCACCCCGAGCGGUCACAGGCUGGAGGGCAAGGACAGGUGGACCCUUCACGCGCCUGCUGAGCUCCCCGGAAGCAUCACCCAGAUAAAGUGGGGGUCCAGGAAGAGCCUUCUGGCCGUGACCAGCAGCAGCUCCGUUGUGGUCCUCAGCGAGCAGGCCGUGUCCUCGCACUUCCACCAGCAGGUGGCCGUGGUGCAGGUCUCCCCGCGCCUGCUCAGCGUGUCCUGCCUGUCAGCGGGGACGACGCACUAUCUGCACACCGACAUGCACGUCAGCGGGGUGUUUGCCACCAAGGAUGCUGUUGCCGUCUGGAACGGGAAGCAGGUGGUGAUCUUUGAGGCUUCCGGGGCCGCGUUCCAGAGUGCAGGUUCCUUCCUGUGUGAGUCUCCAGUGUUAGCCAUGCAUGAAGAAAGCGUUUAUACAGUGGAGCCAAACCGAGUCCAAGUUCGAACCUGGCAGGGGACCGUGAAACAGCUGCUGCUCUUCUCCGAGACGGAGGGGAACCCGUGCUUCCUGGACGUCUGCGGAAAUUUCCUGGUUGUGGGGACGGACCUGGCUCACUUUAAAAGCUUUGAUCUUUCCCGAAGAGAGGCGAAGUUGCACUGCAGCGGCAAGAGCCUGGCCGAGCUGGUGCCGGGCAUGGGGGGCAUGGUCUCGCUCAGGUGCAGCGCCAGUGGCAGCAAGAUCAGCAUCCUCCUCAGCAAGGCUGACCACAGCCCCGAUUCCAAAAUCUGCUUCUACGACGUGGACACGGACACAGUGAGCGUCCUCGACCUCAAGACGGGCCAGGCUGACGGGAGAGAGGCCUCAACUGGGCAGGAGACGAAGAGCCAGGCCCUGGGGGACAAGAGGCUGACGGGUCUCGUGCCCGUGAGCCACUUCUGGGACCAGAGCGAGCCCAGGCUGUUCGUGUGUGAGGCCGUGCGGGAGGCGCCGGACGCCGACAGGAAGGCCCCGGCCGAGCGCCCCCUGGCGGACGUGUUGGUCCUGGCCUUCUUCGUGACCGAAGAGCACGGCUUCCUGUUACAGGAGAGCUUCCCCCGGCCUCCUGCCUUCCAGACGCUCCUGGGGGUCCAGGUGCCCCAUUACUACUUCACGAGAAAGCCGGGAGAAGCCGACCGAGAGACCCGGGUGGACGGCGGGUCCCAGCCUGGCCCCCAAAUGGUGGGCAGGAGGCCCCUGCGAGACUUCGUGGGGCUGGAGGACUGUGACAAGGCCACACGGGACACCAUGCUCAAUUUCAGCGUCUUUCUCACCGUCGGGGACAUGGAUGAAGCCUUCCGGUCCAUCAGGCUCAUCAAAAGCGAGGCUGUCUGGGAGAACAUGGCGCGCAUGUGUGUGAAGACCCAGAGGCUGGAUGUUGCCAAGGUGUGCCUGGGGCACAUGGGCCACGCGCGUGGAGCCCGGGCGCUGCGGGAGGCCGAGUGGGAGCCGGAGCUGGAGGCCCGGGUGGCCGUGCUGGCCAUACAGCUGGGCAUGCUGGAGGAGGCGGAGCAGCUGUACAGGAAAUGCAGGCGCUAUGACCUCCUCAACCGACUCCUCCAGGCCUCUGGCCAGUGGCAGAGAGCCAUCGAGGUGGCCGAGCGCCACGACCGCGUGCACCUGCGCACCACCUACUACAACUAUGCCCGGCACCUGGAGGCCAACGCCGACUGCAGCCUGGCCCUCAGCUACUACGAGAAGUCGGACACGCACCGCUUCGAGGUGCCGCGGAUGCUGGCGGAGGACCUGCAGUCCCUGGAGCGCUACGUCAACACAAUGAAGGACAGGACCCUGUGGAGGUGGUGGGCCCAGUACCUGGAGAGCCAGGCUGAGAUGGACGCCGCGCUGCACUACUACGGGCUGGCGCAGGACUACUUCUCCCUGGUCCGCGUUCACUGCUUCCAGGGCAACAUCCAGAAGGCUGCUGAGAUAGCCAGCGAGACCGGCAACUGGGCAGCCUCGUACCACCUGGCCCGGCAAUAUGAGAGCCAGGAGGAGGUGGGGCAGGCCGUGCACUUCUACACGCGCGCACAGGCCUUUAACAACGCCAUCCGCCUGUGCAAGGAGCAUGGCCUGGACGACCAGCUCAUGAACUUGGCCCUGCUGAGCUCCCCUGAGGACAUGAUCGAGGCUGCGCGCUACUACGAGGAAAAGGGCGAGCAGGCGGACCGGGCAGUCGUGCUGUACCACAAGGCCGGCCACCUCUCCAAGGCCCUGGAGCUGGCCUUUGCCACGCAGCAGUUUGUGGCCCUGCAGCUCGUGGCUGAGGACCUGGAUGAGAAGUCGGACCCCGCUCUCCUGGCCCGCUGCUCCGACUUCUUCCUGGAGCACCGGCAGUACGAGAAGGCGGUGGAGCUGCUGCUGGCUGCCAGGAAGUAUCAGGAAGCCCUGCAGCUCUGCCUGGAGCAGAACUUGACCAUCACAGAGGAGAUGGCGGAGAAGAUGACCAUGGCCAAGGACUGCGCAGACCUGUCGGAAGAGUCCCGGCGUGAGCUGCUGGAGCAGGUGGCCGGCUGCUGCAUGCGCCAGGGCAGCUACCACCUGGCUGCCAAGAAGUACACGCAGGCUGGCGACCGGCUCAAGGCCAUGCGCGCGCUGCUCAAGUCUGGGGACACGGAGAAGAUCGUGUUUUUUGCGGGCGUCUCGAGGCAGAAGGAGGUUUACGUGAUGGCCGCCAACUACCUGCAGUCCCUGGACUGGCGGCGGGACCCCGAGAUCAUGAAGAACAUCAUCAGCUUCUACACCAGGGGCCGCGCCCCCGAGCUCCUGGCCGGCUUCUACGACGCCUGCGCCCAGGUGGAGGUCGAUGAGUACCAGAACUACGACAAGGCCCACGGGGCGCUGACCGAGGCCUACAAGUGCCUGGCCAAGGCCAAGGCCCGGAGCCCCCUGGACCACGAGGCCCGGCUGGCGCAGCUGCAGAGCAGGAUGACGCUGGUGAAGCGCUUCAUGCAGGCCCGCAGGUGCCAUAUGGAGGAUCUCGAGGAGGCGCUCAGGCAGGGCCAGCUGCUCCUGGAGGAGCUGGGCCCCGACAGCACAGUCCGCCUCGGGGACGUGUGCGGCUUCCUGGUGGAGGGCCACGUGCAGGCGGGGGACCUGCACACGGCCUACAGGUACCUGGAGGAGAUGCAGAAGAGACUGCCCUCGGCCAGACUCUCCUACUACGUGAGCCAGCAGGCCCUGGACGCCGUGCACCAGGGCCUGGGUGUCCACGCGACGCGCCACGGCAGUGCGGAGGACAAGGACAUGGACGAGGAGGUGGUGGAGGAGGUGGAGGGGGGUCCCUGAGCCUCGCCUGCUGCUGUCCAGGCUCCGCGGCAUCCCGGCCACGGCCACAGCCGGGAGGAGCAGCCCGCCUUUGUCGUCAAAGUGGGUCUGGGUCUGGAGGCAGAGCUGGGAGACACGCCAGCCCGCCUGGGAGGGGGACUCAAAGCCACCCCUUCCGUGUUCCUGGCCCCUGUGGAUUUCAUUUGAGCCCCUUUGCAGUCAAGGAGGUUGGUUCAUUUUUCUUGUGACACGCCCCCAAGGACAGGGUUUAAAGCCUAGAAGCUUCUGGAACCUCAUGAGCUAAGGUGGCAGCAUAGACCCACCCUGUGUCCCGGCAGCAGCGUGGAUGCCCCGCCCUGAUCCCAGGGGUCUGUCUGUCUAGGCCAAGCUUUUCUGUCCCCAGCUCCUGCCACAAAGGGGCCAUGACAUCGUGGGGGUGCGGGGGGAGCUCCCCCGGCUGCCUAGACUCUCCAAAUAAAGUCAGUUUCUUCAGA